AUGGAUUUGUGCUUGGAAGGCAUCGGAUCCUUCUGCGAAAUCGCCUCCUCCUCGCGAUACACUACGUUUCCUAAUCCGGGGUUGGAAAUAGAAGGGCAUCCUGCCUUCCCGCUCCCGUUGACUUCUGCCCAUGCGCGACUGAUGAAGAAUGCAUGCAGACCGGCCUCAUCCGAUAGGGAGGCCAACACUCCCGUCGACACCCCAGUGCAGAACAUCUGGGAGCUCAAUUGCAGACAGUUCAAGUUGCUGAACCCUGGAUGGGUCGCCUUUCUCAAGAAAAUGGCCACCGAGGCCGCACACAGCCUUGGACUGACGGAUGUUGGUCUGAAGCUUCACAAGCUGCUCCUCAACGAAAAAGGUUUUUCAUCCCAGAACUACGAAGACAUCGAAGAGUCUCCUAGAAAGAUCGGCACACUGUUUAUCUGUCUGCCAUCGGAACACUGGGGUGGAGACGUUCAUAUCAGUUUCGGCCCCGACAAGCACCGUUUUAUCACGGCUCCGACCUCCAAAUACGACUUGACCGCGUCGGCGUUGUACUCGGACGUCUCGCAUAAGACCAAGGAGAUUAAAUUGGGCUAUCGGUUGGCUCUUACAUACAGCAUACUCCAGCACGGGUCUGAUGAGAAGUCUGCCGCGCUCGUGGGACAGCAAACCCAUAUGAUCAGAAAACAUCUACUUAUCAAUUAG